AUGCAGCUAACAAAAAAGGUUCGAUUUAUUUUCAUGAGGGAAACUACUCUACUCGUUGCUGAAAACUCUUCGACAGCCCACGACCGGUCUCGCCCUUCUUGGGGCUCAUCAGAUAGGCGCAGUCUCCGAGUUUCCGUCAACCUUAUGUUCUACUUGAACCCAAAUUGGACUGUUUUCGAGAAAUACACUAAUUUGCAAAUCAAUCUGGUUUCCACGAGAGUGGAUCUCUCGUCUAUGAUAUUGUCCGCAGCUGAGUUUGCUCGUAAUGACUUUCACAAUUCACUACCUUGUCAUUCUUUGACCGCCUUUGGCUCUCUUCCACACUUUACGUGGUUGUGCGAAAAGAACCCUUCGAGAAAGUCGGUCGACUGGCAUACGCAGCACGUGGCCAGGCCAGUGCAAACUAUGCAGUGUGAUCAACUCAUCGGAAAGAAAGAAAAGAAAGCGUUCAGCUGUGGCACCCUUUCGCUACCAUGCCACCCAAAGGUUGCACCGAGGGCUGGGAUACUGCCAGGUUGCCCAAGCCUAGACAGGGGAAGUCGAGUGGCGGAGGUCGGAUUCGAACCACAGACCUUCCGUUCAGUAAAUUCUCGCUCUAAUCACUUGGCCAUCUCAUCAAUCGAGGGUGAGUUAUCUCUUCCGAAUGCCGUUCAACGUACUUCAGCAUUGCUUAUCCGGCUAGUGGAACCUAAAGGAGAUGAGCACUUUUCGAGAAAUACAGAGUUGAACACUCUUUUCGAGAGAUACACUCAUUUGCAAAUCAACUUGGUUUUCAGAAAAGAAAGCGUUCAGCUGUGGCACCCUUUCGGUGCCUAG